UCUGAAACAAUGAAAAGAGGGUAAAUAAGAGCUAAACUCUCUUAUAUCUAAAUAAAAAUACAGCUUGACAGCAGGUUUUACUUUCAUCAUUUUUGCCUAUACUUAAUAUGAAGUAGUCUUUAUACUCUGUGUUUUAAUUAUGUCAGGCAAAAAAGUAAACACCGGGUGCACAAUCUGGAGAGGAAAUAAUGCCUUUGAUAUUAGGCUAUAUGAUAGCUUAACUGUAGAUUAUUACAGACUCAUGAAUCCCCAUCUGAAGUUUCGUGAGGUCGUUGAUUGGGGCGUCAAAUGGGCCUAUCACUGACCCGAGAAAACUCCAGGAAUUCACACCUUAAAUCCACUCCUCCCGGCCUCCUAUUGGUGGAGCGCCUACAUAUACCAGGAGGAUGACAGCAGCAGAGCCAAAAUACCAUCAUCCCCACCUGUAGCCAUGCGUUUCAGCCACGACCCCGCUGUUUUCCAGCUCUGCACAAACGGCGCCAUGUUCGAAAGCGAAGACUCGGGCUGCGCAGAGGUGGAGCAGAUGACCGAGGUGCGCUCCCCGAGCUCAGGGCCCCCCAGCCCGCUGUCCGUGAACUCGGACUACAGCUGCGCCAGCCCCGAGGCAAAGUCUGUCUCAGGGCAGCAGAGAGUCAGGAGGCCCCUGAACGCCUUCAUCAUCUGGACUAAAGAGGAGCGUAGGCGGCUGGCACAUCUUAACCCAGACCUGGAGAACACAGAUCUGAGCAAAAUACUCGGAAAAACCUGGAAGGCCAUGUCUCUAGCUGAGAAGCGUCCAUACAUGCAGGAGGCUGAGCGUCUGAGGGUCCAGCACACCAUUGACUAUCCCAACUACAAGUACCGGCCCCGCAGGAGGAAGCAGCUGAAGAAGAGUUCCAAGCCUCAGGGUGCAGACGCCUCCUCUUCUCUCCCCUCACUCUGCAGCUCAGGCUUCACGGUGCCCUACAACCUCACCUAUCUGCUCCAGAACCAGCAGCAAUCCUACCCGAACGUGCCCGCUUUCCCAAACUCCCCAGCUAACUUCACCCCUCUGUGCGGCAGGUACCAUAACACUCCAGUUUUUCCAAAUGCAGGAGCAGCCGCCGCAGCAGCAGACCCGUUCCCAAAUCUGUCUACAUACCCUGCAGAGCCUAAGGUGUAUUUUGGCAGUCAGCACGGGCAGAUGCAGUGCAGUUUCUCAAACUCUGCAGGUCACUAUGUGGAUCAGGGGGAGUCCAGGGUUUACAAGGACCUACUGUGCCCUGCUGGGCCCUCCCUGGAGUUUUAUCUGGAACAGGUUCAGCUGGACAUGCUGUAUGAUCUGGACCGCAGCGAGUUCGAACAGUACCUGGGCCCGAACGUUCACAGGCCUGAGUCGGUGGAUCCCAGCAGCUACCACCAGCAGAGCAGCCACAGAGAUGGACGCUUACUGUCGUGAAACUACAAAAAAUUGUGUAUUUAUUUAAAUAACAGUGUGACAUUUGAUAAUGACUGCUGAAAGUAUAUAUUGUGGGGUUUUUUUGUGUGCAUUUUGUGUUCUUAAAUGACUGCU